GACAACGGACAGUUCGAGUGCAAGAUCAAGGAGGCCGGCAAUGGCGCUGAGAUCAAGAGCCAGUCCUAUGUCGUCACUAUCUUAAUACCUCCCGGUCCUCCAAUGAUUACACCACUAAACCCGGUGGCAAAAGAAGGCGAACCAUUUGAACUGAGCUGUUCCAGUCAAGGCGGUAGUCCUGAUCCCAUCAUUCAAUGGUUUCUCGACAACACGCCAUUGGAGGGACAGAUGACUAGAGGCGGCACAAGAGAUAAGCCGACAAUCAAUACAUUAACAAUUGAGCCGUCGCUUGAAUUGGACAGAGCUAUAUAUCGGUGCACUGUUUGGAACCGAGCCAUUCGGGACGACAAGAAAUUAGAAACCAUUGUUCCCCUCACUGUUCACUAUAAGCCGAGAGUGACUGUCGGUCCAUACAAUCCCCUUAAGGUAUCGGUUGAUGGAAAUGCUGAGAUGUCAUGUAAUGUUGAGGCAAACCCUCCGGUGCGGAGCAUUAGAUGGAUGAAAAACGGACAGAUCUUAACCAAUACUAAUAAUCACACCAUAAUUCGU